AUGCGCGUUUCAGGUGACAGCAAGACUUUAAUCAGUCCUGGAAUUUAUCACUGGAGAGAUGGUGGUGAGCGACACAUCAAUGAACCUGAAAAUAUCGCAAAAUUACAGGCCGCUACAAAACUAAAUGACCCGAAGACGUUCCAUGAAUAUUCGACGGCAUCAAAUUUGUCGCAGCGUAUGUGCACGCUUCGUGGCCAGUUGGAGAUAAAAACGAGUAAGAAGUUGAAAAUACCGCUUUCAGAAGUGGAGCCUGCCUCAGAGAUCGUCAAACGAUUCGUUACUGGCGCGAUGUCAUUUGGGAGCAUUUCGUGGGAAGCGCACACUACGCUGGCUAUCGCGAUGAACCGAAUUGGUGGCAAGUCAAAUACCGGUGAGGGCGGUGAAAAAGCGGAACGCUAUCGAAAUGAUCAGCCAAAAGAGCGUAACUUACGAUCAGCGAUCAAGCAGAUAGCAUCAGCUCGGUUCGGUGUGAAUAGCGCAUAUUUGGCAAAUGCGGACGAAUUACAAAUUAAGAUUGCACAAGGUGCCAAACCAGGUGAAGGCGGCGAGCUGCCAGGCCACAAAGUUAGCGUGGAAAUAGCAGCCACACGUAAGUCAACUCCAGGCGUCGGCCUUAUUUCACCUCCUCCACACCACGAUAUUUACAGUAUUGAGGACCUGGCGCAACUCAUUUACGACCUGAAGUGCGCAAAUCCGUUAGCACGCAUUAGCGUGAAACUGGUUUCGGAAGCUGGCGUUGGGAUUAUUGCUGCUGGCGUUGCAAAAGGCAAGGCUGAUCAUAUCACCAUUUCGGGACACGAUGGUGGCACUGGAGCCUCCAGGUAUUAUUUAGUUCUUUCCACUCCAUUAUCCAUAAUUUUUAUUGAUUGCAGAUGA